AUGUUGACUAUUGAGAGAAAUAUAAAUAUGGCUUUCUACACUUGUAAUACAGUCUUUGCUAUUUCCCGAAGACGAUUCCCUAUUCUUUUUGUUCAUCCUACGUGCUCUUCUUAUUCCCCAUCACUUGCAUAUCUUCAAUUGCCAGAUUCCCAUAUAUGUAAAAUCUAUCUGAAGAACUAUGGAAGCAAGAAGUAUUCCCAUUCUAGCCAGUCAGGCAAUAAAGUACUUCACUCACAAACUAGAACAAUACAGAAAUUACACACAUCAACAUGCUGGCUUCAGGAGGUCCCUGGUAAACCUCAGCCAGAGCAAACCACAGAACAGCCACAGGUGACAAGCCUGCAGCCCACAAAAGAAACUGGUUUGAAGACUAAGGAAGUAAAGCGAUCUUAUAGACAAAUAAUCCUGGAUGAACUUAAAUAUUAUUCCAAUGGAUUCUACUUGCUUUGGAUUGACACCAAAGUUGCUGCCAGAAUGGUUUGGAGGCUGUUGCAUGGACAGGUGCUGACCAGACGAGAGAGACGAAGGCUGCUGAGAACUUGUGCUGAUCUCUUCCGCCUGGUACCAUUUCUGGUGUUCAUAAUUGUGCCCUUCAUGGAAUUCUUAUUACCAUUGUUUCUGAAAUUCUUCCCAGAUAUGCUGCCAUCAACUUUUGAAAGUGAAUCCAAAAAGGAAGAAAAACAGAAAAAGAAAAUGGCUGCAAAGCUGGAAUUAGCAAAAUUUCUGCAAGAAACAGUUACAGAAAUGGCAAGGAGGAACAGAGCGAAGUUGGGGGAUGCCUCUAUACAGUUCUCAUCCUAUGUAGAACAGGUUCAGACGGGCCACAAACCUAGCACAAAGGAGAUAGUUCUCUUCUCCAAACUGUUUGAGGAUGCACUAACUAUGGAGCACUUAGAUCGACCUCAGCUGGUUGCCCUUUGCAAACUGCUAGAACUGCAGUCUUUUGGAACCAACAACUUGCUCCGUUUUCAGCUCCUGAGGAAACUGAAGUCUAUAAAAGAAGAUGAUGAAAUAAUUGCUAAAGAAGGGGUGAGUGCUUUGAGUGUGUCAGAACUCCAAGCUGCCUGCAGGGCCCGAGGGAUGAGAUCACUGGGCUUGACUGAGGAACAGCUGAGACAACAGCUCACAGAGUGGCAAGACCUCCACCUGAAGGAGAAUGUCCCUCCUUCUCUCUUGCUCCUGUCACGUACUUUCUACCUGAUAGAUGUGAAGCCAAAGCCAAUAGAGAUACCCUCAAGUGAGGAGGUUCCAAAGACUGAUAGUCCUGUAGAAUCAUUGGCUUCACCUGAAUCUAAAGAGAAUAUGGUGGACUUUGCACCUCAGAUGAAGGAAACUAAGGGUGAAGACUUUAUACAGCUGCCCUCAGCUACACCAUCAUCAACCGUAACACAGUCAGCACCUAUUUCUUUACCUAAAGGAUCCAUCACUUCUUCCAAAGAAACUAUACUCCAGGCCAACUCACAAAAUACAUCCCAGAGUAGCAAGGCUAGUUCAAAAGGAGCCUGA